GGCGCAGCGGCGGCACUCAGACUGAUCCCGGUCUCCCACCUGCAGACCUCCGCGUUGCUUGAACAGCGAGGACGCCUCUCUUCCAAACUAACCCGUGUUUGUGGCUCCUCCCCGCACUGAUUAAAUGCCCGCUCGGCUUGUGAGUCUGCUGCAGUUGUAGUGUUGCAGUGUUGACAGAGGAGCUGUAGAGCCCGGGACUCCAGUCAUUCUGACAGCAGGGAGGCAAACAUCUGAGCACCCUGAUUAUCCAAGAAGCUCCAGUCAUGAAGACCAUUCUUGCUGCAUACUCGGGCGUUCUUAAAGGCACCGGCUCUAGCAUCCUCUCUGCCCUGCAGGACCUGCCCUCGGCGUUCUGGCCCUGCAGAUCCAAGAUGGAAAAACAUCUGCAGGUCAUUUCGGUGCUGCAGUGGGUCAUCAGCUUCUUAGCCUUGGGUGCUGCCUGCACUUUGCUGCUGCUCUACAUGUUCUGCACUGACUGCUGGGUUAUUGCUGCCAUGUACAUCGCGUGGCUCAUCGUUGACUGGAACACCCCAAAGCAAGGUGGGAGGAGGUCAUCUUGGGUGAGGAACUGGACGGUGUGGACAUAUUUCCGAGACUACUUUCCCAUCAGGCUAAUUAAAACCCACAACCUGCUGCCCAGUCGAAACUACAUUUUUGGCUACCAUCCCCACGGCAUUUUCUGUUUCGGUGCUUUCUGCAACUUCGGGACAGAGGCCACGGGGUUCUCUAAGAAAUUUCCAGGCAUCAAGCCGUCUCUUGCGACCCUGGCAGGAAACUUCCGCUUCCCCAUCCUUCGGGACUACCUGAUGUCUGGAGGGAUCUGUCCAGUGAACAGGAACUCCAUCGACUACCUGCUGACGCGUAACGGGACGGGAAAUGCUGUCGUCAUCGUUGUCGGAGGAGCAGCGGAGUCUCUGCAGUGUGCUCCGGGCAUGAAUUCUGUCACCCUGAAGAACCGUAAAGGUUUCGUGAAGCUGGCCUUACAGAAAGGGUCUGACCUGGUUCCAGUUUAUUCCUUUGGAGAAAACGAGGCCUACAAGCAGGUGAUCUUCGAGGAAGGGACCUACUGGAGAUCGCUCCAAAAGAAGUUCCAGAAGAUCUUAGGCUUUGCUCCGUGCCUUUUCCAUGGACGUGGCCUCUUCUUUGGCAACUCCUGGGGCAUCGUGCCUUAUAGCAAGCCUAUCACGACCAUAGUUGGGGAGCCGAUCACUGUGCCAAAAAUUGAGGAUCCAACUGACGAGAUCGUGGAUAUGUACCAUGAAAUGUACAUCACGUCCCUCCAGUGCCUUUUUGACAAGUACAAGACCCGGUUUGGCCUGAAAGAAACCGACAGCUUGUACAUCAACUGAAAGGACGAGGGGGGUGCCCCCGAUGAAGCUCUGAAUUGUGGCAGAAUCUUCAGACGCCUCCGCUGCCCCCUUCCCCACCCUGUCCCCUGUCCCCGUCCAAGUCUUGGUGCCUGGUUUUGGAGUGAAAACUCUACACGUUAGCACAUUUGCUACAGAAACCUUUGCUCUCUGCAUCGUUAAACACACACACACAUGCAAACAUAAGCAUAGUUCCUUCUCAGGAAAAUAGCAGGUUUGAGAGUAGCCACCUCUUCCUGCCGCUGCCAUCAGGUUAAAUAGUUCUCGCUUGGACAAAGUUACACCAAGUCAUACACACACAGAGAAAGUGUGCCUUUUUGUUGUUUCCAUUUCUCACUUAAGACCUUAAGAGUUUGGACUUGGUCUUAUCAGUGCAGAGGAGGGUAAGUUCCACUAGAUGGAGCUGGAAGGUAAACAUGCAGGAUUUAAAUGAAGUGCCAAUGUUCAUCCAUAUAAUUCUCCCUAAGUGGUUUAGGAUAAUAUUAUAUGCUAAAUGCACAAACAAUGCAAAUGGAAGCUACCACUUUAUUAUUGGGAUGAUAAGCCCAAAGAUUAAUUGAGCCAAAAAAAACCUAUAUUGUUCCCACAGUCGCAUGUAUUUCUACUGUAUGAAAUCCGAAAGAAUUCUACAGGGUGGAUUUAUAUUGUGGACGCACAACACGCGUGUGCCUGUGAUUAUAGAGUGCCAUAAAGUAUUAAAUGUAUUCUAUAGAGAGGAAAGAGCCUUUUUUUUUUUUUUUUUUUUUUUAAGUGCCUGUCCCCUCGAUGAAUAUUUCUGAUGCACUUUUUGUAUUGCUGAUUUUCUUCUGAGGUUUUUGUCUCAAGUAUAAUGUCUCUGAUAUGAGAAUCUCCCCCCGGACAGUCAUUGUGCUGCUUGUUUUGAUUUCCCUCUCAUGUCCUGCUGGCGUCUAUGUCUGGAUGGGUUUUGUCUACAGGGAUUGUGUUGUAUCUUCAAGCAUGUUGAAAAGUUUUGAGCUGCAGUUGACGGAAAGAAGUUUUUUGUGGGUGAAAAUCUUGAUGAUGAUUCCAGUAUACCGCUGAUCUCUUUUGUAACUAUGCCAUGGGUGAUAAUUGAAAAGGAAGGGAUUAUACCGGGUUUAUUGCUGGUAUUAUGUCAUGUCUGAGAGUGUUACUAGUACUUUUGAGAAAUAAGAGUAUGUAAGUAGAGAAUAUAUCCCGGGAAUCAUCAAAAUAAGUAAGCAAAGUGUGAUGUUGAUGGGCGUUAAAUUAUAAGAUUGUCAUUUGAAGAGCAAUGGUUUCACCGUGGUGACGUCUUAUAAAGAGCUGUGUAAUCCAUGUGCAAUAAAUUUGCAAGGAAUGAACGGCAUCAUCUGUCUGCCAAUAUUUAAAUUAAACUUUUGUAUGUUUUCAGAAGGA